AUGACGGAAUCAAAUGUGAAUUGAAGUUAAUUAAGGGUUGUAUUUCAAAUCUCGAACUUACGAAACAACUUAAUCUAUUUCAUCGGAAUUUCCUGAGUGUCAAUUUCAAAUAUGGUGUUUUCCACCAGCGUAGGGAUAUUUCACCCACCAGUAUCUACAACAGAAUAUUGAUUUUUACUUUCAAGCCACCCCUACAUUCUUACUUCUAACUUGGCUCUUUUCCCCUGUGAAACCGAUAUUAGAUAUGUAGUAAAUUCGUCGAAUUUCGGUGAAUUCAGCUCGUUUCACUGUCGUGCGUCAGUUAAAAACGUGGAAAAAUCGUGAAUAUCGGUUGAAAUGUUGAAAACAGAUGUGGGGGUGCAAGUGAAAACAUCCCCUGUCGCUAUUGUCAGAUUUUCGUGCGAUAUAGCUCUGGAAAGAGAUAAUAGUGGAGUGGAAAUACAGGGUUUCGUGUGAAGAAUACAUUUUUAUCGUGCCUCAAAGGUUUUGGAGUCGGUGGUUUUUUUUUCCUGGAUAAAGAUUUGGGCGUUUGGGAGAAAAUGGAAAGUUUUUCGUACACGAUUGGAUAUCAUGGUUUUGUGAUGGUUUCCUGUGGAGAUUCGUGACGGGGCCGUGCAGGAAAAUCUGAGGAAAAUGCAGAUCGAGACGAAACAAAACUCCACCCCGGUUCAGGAGGUCCACCAAUAUGUUGGACCUUACAGGUUGGAGAAAACACUGGGCAAGGGACAGACGGGUCUUGUGAAGCUGGGCGUGCAUUGUGUCACGGGCAAGAAAGUAGCAAUUAAAAUUAUAAAUAGGGAAAAGCUAAGCGAAAGUGUUUUAAUGAAGGUUGAGAGGGAAAUUGCAAUAAUGAAGCUUAUAGACCAUCCCCAUGUUCUUGGACUGACGGAUGUUUACGAGAACAAAAAAUAUUUAUAUCUAGUCCUGGAACAUGUAUCUGGUGGUGAAUUGUUCGAUUAUUUAGUAAAAAAAGGUAGACUGACUCCGAAGGAAGCUCGAAGAUUUUUCAGGCAAAUAAUUUCUGCUUUGGAUUUCUGUCACAGCCACUCUAUUUGUCAUAGGGAUCUCAAACCAGAAAACUUGUUAUUGGACGAGAAAAACAACAUAAAAAUUGCUGAUUUUGGAAUGGCCUCCCUUCAGCCUAUGGGAUCGAUGCUUGAAACAAGCUGUGGGUCUCCUCAUUAUGCUUGUCCAGAAGUGAUAAGGGGUGAGAAAUAUGACGGAAGAAAGGCAGACGUUUGGUCUUGCGGUGUCAUCCUUUACGCCCUAUUGGUUGGUGCUCUCCCUUUCGAUGACGAUAACCUGAGACAACUCUUGGAAAAAGUCAAGAGGGGGGUGUUUCACAUACCCCAUUUCGUUCCCCCGGACUGUCAGAGCCUACUUCGAGGAAUGAUAGAGGUGAACCCAGAAAAAAGAUUGACGCUGUCCGAGAUCAACAAGCACGCUUGGGUCACUGCUGGUGGUAAGGGAGAACUGGAACUGGAGCAACCGAUGAUGGAUGUUGUCCAAACUCACGUGCUGCCAUCUAUAGAGUCAAUAGAUCCCGAUGUCCUUCAAGCUAUAUGUAGUUUAGGUUGUUUCAAGGAGAAGGAUAAGUUGAUACAGCAUCUACUCAGUCCUAGUCAUAAUACAGAAAAAGUGAUAUACUUCCUGCUUUUGGAGAGGAAAAGAAAGAGGCCAGCUUGCGAAGAUGACUCCGAUUCAAUACUCAGGAUAAGAAACACCGAAAGUCAAGAUCCGCCUAAGAAAAGAAUAGAUACUUGUAGGGUGAAUGGUCAGAGUCCCCUUCAGUUCGGACAAAUAAGUGAAGGUUCACCUUUGACACCUAGACGCUCUACUUACAAACGUCAACAUGCCAGAAGAAGCCCUUCAACUGGUAGUACCCACAGUAAUUUGAGCAUCCACUCACCAACAAGGUCAUCAUCUGGUGCCUCUAGUCCAAUUCAUUUCAAUAGCACAUCAAAUAACACUCAUUCCGCUCUAUCAUCCCCAGUGUGUCAAAGAGCAGCCUCCCACCACGGCCACCGCAGUACCACAAAUACCACCUCGAGCCACAUCUCCCCCAACACUCAUGUUACUGUCACACCAGCCCCUCCAACUCCAACCCACCACAGAGCGAAUAGUAGUGGGGGAACGUCAACUUCGUCCAUAUUGUCAACGCUAACUUCGCCCGAAAAUGACAACGCUAAUCUAUUGGCAGGCUCAACAAUUCUGUCCCAAAUGACACCACCGGGUUCUCCCCACUCUAGCUCAAGUCAUCACUGGAAAAGCAGAUUGACCACCAUCAAGAACAGCUUCUUGGGUUCACCCAGAUUUCAUAGGAGGAAAUUGCAAAACGUUACCACUGCGUCAGACGAGGCACAUUUGACCCCUGAGUCCUCACCCGAGCUCACCAAGAAAUCUUGGUUCGGCAGCCUGAUGACAACGGAAAAGGACGAAACUUCCACGAUUUUGAUCAAGGGAAAGCCUUUGGCCACAGUUAAAGCUGACCUAAUUCACGCUUUCCUAUCGAUAGCUGAAUUGAGUCACUCAGUCUCCAGUCCCAUGAGUUUCAGGGUGGAGUAUAAGAGAGGUACCACUGGGCCAGCCAUGUUCCAAAGACAUGUGAGGUUUCAGGUUGAUAUUUCGACGAUCACCAAGCAGGUUGGUGAUAAUUCUAAAGAGAAUCUGUAUGCGAUCACCUUCACCCUUCUCUCUGGGAAUAUAAGGAGAUUUAGGAGAGUUUGUGAACAUAUUCAGGCUCAGGUUUGUACCAGGAGGCCGCCACCCAGUCCAAGGGCACAGAGGAAGUUCACCACUGAACUGAGUGAGAGUUCUAGUUGCGGAUCUGAUUCCAGCGAACUUUAUUUGAAUACCAGACAGUUGAAUGUUCUCCAAUUGGAAAACAGCGAUCUGGAGAGCGAAUGCAGCGUCUUCGACGUAAGAACGGCCACCAGGGAAGUGUCAAGAAGGGCAUCCACCAAUAACAACACGGAAAACCUGGAGCCCAACGUCCCAGGCACCCCCAAAGCCGUCAGAUCAAACUCGGAAAACACGGAUUCCACCUGUGAAAGAACCUGCAUAACGACAAUGUCCGGCAGUUCGAUUGCGUAAUACAAAGGUUCCUUCGAUCUGUUCGAGAGAUUCGUGUGAAAACGCCCGCCAUUCGCCCCCGUUAGGGCCCUUUCGCGCGCCGUCCGACGAAUCUAACGGACGAAUAAGAAUCGGACGGUGCGGAAGGGGCCUAACGGACGGCCAGAGAAAACGGGUCGCGAUGCUAAUUCGUGGGGGUUUUGUGGUCCUUUACCCGCGGAAAAUUCGUAAAUGAGACUAAUUGAGUGGCGUAGAAAAUUUUAAUAUUGAAUUACGUAAGAUUAGGUCUACUUUGAACACCUAGUUAUCUAUGCUGAUUUUGAUGAUUAAGGGGUUGAGAUUAGGUGUUAAAUCGACGGGGUAGGUUCACCGUUUUUCAAUGAAGGAAGCCGUUCGUUAGGAAUUUGCAAUAUUUUCGUUGUCUUCCUCUCAAAUUCUCUUCUGCUGCAGUGAAACAUCUAAUGAGAAAUUUCGACUAUUUUUCACCUGCAAUGGAAGUAAUUUAG